ACUCACUUGAGAUCGAUUAAUAUAAAGUAUUUUCCACGUUUUCUCUCGAAUUUUACUAUUAUAUAAUACAUAUCAAAUAUUGGCCUAUAAAAUUAAUAGAAAUGGAAAGCUCUCACAAAAAAAAGAAGAUUAUUUUACAAACGUCAUUCAGAUUUAACCUCAAAUUUUAGUUUACCAAAAACGUGACAAUGUUUUGAUUUGUUAUUAAUAUUGUUUUUAUUAAACAUUUUUCAGCAUAAUGCUGAGAAAUUACCUAACAACUCAUCCGUACACAAAAUUUGUACUAAUAGAAGAUACAAUACAAGAAAGAGGAAAGCCAAUAUUUGAUUUCCUCUUGAAAACACACUUGGAAAAACCACAAAAUACGGUACAUUACUUCGUUUUCCAGGAUAUAAUCGGUAGAAUUAAACAGAAAUUAAAGCAUAAUAAUAUUAUUUUACAUGAUUUUGUUACUAACAUUUUCUGUUGGAAUAAAGAUCCUAAAACGGGGAAUUUUGAAGAAACUACUAAAAAUUUAGGCGGUAAUAGUGUUAUAUUUAUUGAUUCCUUAGCACAUGUGAUUUAUAAAUUUGGAUUGGCUGAAACGUACAGGAUUUUAAACAACUUAAAAAAAGAUGCAGCUGUUCAACAAAUAGUUGUGUUGUUGCAUCAAGAUUUAUUAGAGGAACAUUUAAGAGUUGAACAAUUGUUAGAACAUCUAUGCACACUUAGUAUAACUUUAUUUCCUAACGUUAACUCCGAAAAUGGCAGGCUUCAAUAUACAUAUAAAAAAGUUGGGGGAAAAAUUAUUAAAGGAAUUGAGGAAUACUGGAUAGAUAAUCAGAAUCUCGUGACGAAGAAAAUCGAGAAGCUCGAUACGAAAAAGCUUUUGGAAAAAUCUGUAUCGGCGGAAAUAAAUCCGGAAACGUUAUCGACGUUCAAAAUCGGACUCACCGAAGAAGACAAACGAAUUAGAGACGAAAGGCGAGGCGAAAUAUUACCCUACUUGCCAAAACCAGAAAAUCAAAAUGAUCAAGAUUCUGGUAAGAUUUUCUACCAGUUUGACGAAGUGGACGAUUGGGACGAGGAAGAUCCUGAUGAUGAUUUAGAUAUAUAAUUUAGGAUAAGCGUAACAUGUGUUCAGAAGUUUUUCGAAAGAAAAACAGCUUUAACUUUUUCAGGUUUAAAAAAAUGCGUUAGCUUUCUUAAUAAUUAUUAUUUAUUAUUAUUAUAAUAUUGAAAGGAUUUUCAGAAUGUAUAUUUUUAAUUAAAAAGUAAGGUUAAUUGAUUAAUCUAUUUUUUUUUAAUAAGACCCACAGUUUAUUUUGAAAAAGUGUCUACUGUCUUUCCUUUGGGUGUAAUUCAAUACCUGUUGCGGUAUUAGCCAAGGGAGUAGUUGUUUUCCGAAAAGAAACGGUCGCUCCUAUUUUGUAACUUUGUUUUAUUUAAUUUUUGUUUGCGAUAAAUAUUUAAAUAAAUUUAGCAAAAAUCUCCUUGUAACUUCCAAAAUAGAAUUUGGGAAUUUGUUCGAAUUCUUUGACAGUUUCGGUAUUUAAUUUCUUUAAUUUUUCCAAGUUUUUCAGUAGUCUGUUUUUUAAAACGACUGUUCUAGCGGCCCAGAUUAGUUUGUUGAUGAUCAAAUAUUUUCUGAACCAGGUGUCUAAGUUGCAAAGCGUUUGGUCCUCUACAGGUAC